AUGGGUGUCCACGGCCGCUACACUACUGAGAAGGUUACCUACCCGUCUCAUGGAGAGACUAUCGCUGGUAUUCUCUACAAGCCUCAAGGCAUCACCAACCCGCCCGGAAUCGUGGUCCUAGGCCCCUAUUCGUUUGUCAAAGAGCAAGCUCCGUUGCAGUAUGCCACACGACUGGCUGACGAAGGCUACGCGGCCUUGAUCUUCGACCCACGCACUGUCGGAGAGAGCACCGGCCAGCCACGCCGCUUGGAAAACCCUGUGAUGAAGAAUGAAGACGUGGUCUCCGGUCUCGAUUAUCUCGCUGGUAGGGGCGACGUGGAUGCAAAGAGACUAUUCCUCGUAGGCGUCUGUCAGGGAGGCCCCGAGUGUCUUGAUGUGGCGUCCUACGACGACCGCGUUGUCGCUGUUGCUUCCGUCACGGGAUACUACCGCGACCGCGAAACGGAUAUCUGGAUGAUCUGCUCGGGGUGUGUCAAUGUCGAGCCAGGUGUUGACGUAGGAGCUUUGAAGAUGCCUACACCUGAGCAAGGAGAAGCCCUCUACGAUGCGCGCAUCAAACGAGCCAAAGAGGCCAAAGCCCUGUACGAAAAGACCGGGGAAGUCAUCUACCAACCUCUCGUCGACCCCAAAGCUGCGGACCCGAACGUUGGCUCUCUUGCCGGGCUUCCAGGACCGAUCGUAUGGUCGUGGUAUGGCCCCUGGACCUUGAAGGGUUUCGAGAAUCGGUAUGCGGUCAUGAGCGAUUUGGACCAUUUUGGCUAUUCCACGGUCGAUGGUGUGUCCAAGCUCACUAAGCCAGCUUUGGUAAUUCAUGGUGAUAAUUGCAUGAAUGCCGCUGCAGCCAAGAGACAUUAUGAGUCGAUCCCGACGAAGGAGAAGAAGCUGAUUUGGGACGCUGAUAUCUCGCACUUCCAGCACUACGAGCAGCCGGAUAUUGUGGAUAGGAACGUUGGUGAGAUCGCGGCUUGGUUUGGACAGACAAAGGUGUAA